GUACAACACAACAACAUCCACCACGACCACAAUUCUCACAACCUCAACCUCAACCUCAACCUCAACGCCACAGUCCACUCCCAACUUGCAACAUCCCAUGAAUUUUGCAUCUCGAUGAUUUCAUCCUCUCCAGAAUGGCUGCCCUCGAUAUCGGCCAAACGGUGCAGCUUGCAGACGGCCGAUACGCGAUAGUUCGCUACGUAGGGCAACCGGAAUUUGCAGCAGGCGAAUGGAUUGGAGUUGAACUCGAAGAUGAUAGCGGAAAAAACGAUGGGAGCGUCAAGGGGCAGCGGUAUUUUGACUGUCAGAUGGGCCGGGGAAUGUUUCUUCGACCGACAGCUGUCAAAAUUGUCGAGCAACCACCACCGAAAAUGAAGCCUCCACCAGCCAAGCGGCCAGCGAGACCAAGCAGUGUGACUGUUGCUCCACCAGGAAGACGUAUGAGUGCCACCGGAAAACGAGCGAGCAUGAAUGCUGCGAGUCCUAGCCCUGCAAACCGAACGUCUCGCCCUUCGAGCAUGAUCAGAGUACGUGUACUAUCGGCGUAAGUGACAAUUUUACUAACUAUCCAAAGUCCCCUACCAAAUCUCCCACGAAACAACUUUCUGGUGCCUCAUCAACCGUGCCGACUCCUAGAACGGGGACACCCUCAAAUACCCGGCCGCCGUCGACAUCAAUGUCAAAACCCCCGCCAGGUGUCCGCCCCACUCGAACUUCUAUGGGUCCACCGCCUGUUCCAGCAGCACGAAAUACUCGGCCAUCGCUAUCGGGGGGAAGUGGCGUGGGUAGCAGAACUUCAGUUCCUGCCAUACGGACAUCAAGUAGUCGAACGUCGCUCGCACCAAAAGCGAAGCUUCGCCCCGGAGCUGAACGAGUUGGAUCAAUUGGAAGUCAAAUGAGUGGGGGGCGAGCGGGUGACGAUAGUCCAACUGGGGGCGAUGGAAUCGACUCGCCUGGCAAAAGUGAUACCCUUUCCCCAAAAGCAUCAAGUCCCUUGAUGAGUAGGGCAUCUCCUGCUGGACGCCAACAUGGCACUCCAGCCUCCUCUCCAAACCCAGCGUCUCCAAAUACCCAGCGAGCCGCAGGGGCAAGCACAGCAGCUACUCGGGAAAUCGAGAGUUUGAAAACCAAGCUUCGAGUGAUGGAAAACAAACGACUAGAGGACAGAGAGAAGCUGAAGGCCAUGGAGAAGGUACAGGCCGACAAGGAGAAAUUUGAGAAUAUAAUUAUGAAGCUCCAGGCCAAACUACAAGAAGCGCAGCAAGAAACUGCAGAACUUCGUCGAGAAGCAAAGGAAUCCAUAGGGCUGUCUGAAGAGGUGGAAAACAUCAAGGCCGAAUAUGACAUCGCCCUUGAGAAUGCCACGCUGGACAGAGAGAUGGCAGAAGAAAUGCAAGAUGUUUUGAAAUCAGAGUUGGAAGCUCUGAGGGAAAAGGCAGAGGAACUCCAAUUGCAAGUCGAUAUCCUGGAAGCCGAUAAUAAGGAGCUUUCGAGUGAGAUGAGUCCUGAAGAAAAGUCUAGUAAAGGAUGGUUACAAUUGCAGACGAAACUUGAGCAUCUCACGGAAGCGCUUUUUGUCUUGCGCGACAGAAAUACUGAGGAAAAAGCAAAUUAUACUGCCCAUGUCAAGGAAUUGCAAGGGGAAGUUGACGAGCUUACCUCGAUUAAAGCCAGCUAUGAGUCAACGAAAGAAAAACUCGACCGCGCGGAAAGCGUGAUUGAGGAUUUGCGGCAACAGUUAGACAAUGCCCUGGGUGCCGAAGAUAUGAUCGAAGAAUUGACGGAUAAGAAUAUGCUUAUGAGUGAGAAAAUUGAUGAGCUGAAGGCUGCAAUCGAAGACCUUGAGAGUCUGAUAGAAGUCAACGACGAACUUGAAAUUACUCACGUGGAGGCCGAGAAAGAUAUGCAGAACGAGAUUGACUUCAAGGACAGUGUGAUCAGCGAGCAUAUUCGACGCGCUUUGCAACAAGAUGAAGCAUUGGAGGAUAUGGAGUACACGUUAUCACGAUUCCGAGAACUCGUCACGAGUUUACAAAGCGAUUUGGAGGAUAUGCGAGCAUCGCAUGCCAUGACCGAAACGGAAUCAGAACAGUUAAACAGCAGAUCUCGCGCAAUGAUGGAUCUAAAUAUGAAGCUGCAGCUUUCGGCAGCCAAGACCCAGGUCAAAACAAUCGACCUCGAACUUCGUCAACUUGAUGCUCAGGAAGCCUCGGAACAUCUUGCGAUUGUGCAGUUUUUCCUACCAGACGCAUAUCAUACUGAAAAAGAUUCGGUUUUGGCAUUGCUGCGAUUCAAGCGUGUGGGAUUCAAGGCAAAUCUCGUACAUGGUUUCGUCAAGGAAAGAAUCAACGGUCAACCACCUGUUGGGCAUGAGGAAACUUUAUUCUCGGCUUGUGAGGUGCUUGACAGACUUGCGUGGGUUAUUGCUAUGUGUGACCGGUUUGUGAACGCCUUGAAUCACUGCUCUACUGACGAGUUCGCAAAAUUCGAAGGUGCUCUAUAUGAGCUCGAGCCAGUUGAGCGAGCCCUCAAUGGCUGGAUUGAUGGACUCCGCCGGGAUAAAUUGAAGGAAAGCCAAUGUGCCAGCGAACUACAACGUACCAUUGCAUUAAUGUCACAUCUUGGGGAAGUACACAUUUCCAAUGGACUGGCUAGCUAUGCCGAUGAUGUGCACAUGCGAACCCUCAUCAUGCAGAGCCACUUAGAAAAUGCGGCCGCUGCCAUAUCAGCAGCAAGGACUAUGGUACAAACGGUCAUACCAGUCCAAGGCGAAGAAGACGAGCAUGGCCAACACUUUGCGCGGAAAACCGAAACAGUUAUUAGUGCCACUCGCAGCGCUAAAGUCAUCGUCAGCAAGGCUGUGAGAGCCCUCGAAGAACUCAAGACUCGGUCAUUGUCGUUGACUCCAGAUACCAUCCAAAGUUUUGAGCAAUGCGAGACGGCUACGGAAGAGUUGGCAACUUUCUCUCGUCAUGUCGGAUUUGACCUUUGCAAGCUAUUACACGAGGAGGGCAGGACUGACCCAUUUACCUACCACGAAGUCCAAAAUUCAGUCCAUAGAACUACAACAUCAAUCUUGGCCUCGAGCGAAUCGGACUUGUUCUCGGCAUACUCUAAUAGACUUCGUACUUUGACAACUUCUCUAGUUGAUCUUGCCGCUUUGGCAUCCGACUUGGAGAUGACUCAGGAGUUUGAGCGAGCGGCAGCUCCGUGGGUGCUACGUUCUCAACAGCUGAAGACUUCGAAGACCAUCACCAUCGACGCAGAAGAAGAAAUGCGCCGCCUUAAAGAUGACCACCAUGAACGCCUCCGAGAGAUCGCAUUACGAGACCAAACAUUGGAGGAAGCUAAUGUCAAGAUUGAAUUGCUUGAGAGUCGCAUGCGUGAUGCCACGAAAAAGAAUGAGAAGAUCACGGAACUGGAGAAGAAGAUCGAGGAUGCCAAACGACGAGAAAUCGAGUUGUCGGAAUCGCUUGACUCCCAAAACAAGGAGAUUACAAGUCUCGAUGCAGACCGAGAGAAAUGGCGCAAGGUCGCCGAAGAUGCCAAAGCUCUUGGCAUUGCGGCACCUGGGUCUAAGGCUGGAAAAGAACGCGCGGUUGCCACAGCUCGUGAGAUGGAUGCCCUCAAAACAGAAAUCGAAAGCUUACAAGCCGCUGUCCGUUAUCUGCGCGAGGAUAACAGGUGCGCACGUCUCACAGAUCCACAGUCUCACGACUGGCUCGAGGCACCAUUGGCCAAGCCAAAAUCGAAGGAAGAGCAGCGCAGAGCCCUGGUUGUUUCAGAGGGUCAGGAUGUACUCAACGAAUUACUCAAACUGGCCUCUACGGCCCAGGUGUUCGAUCUCAGCACUAUGCCCGAGAACCGUCUCGCAUGGCGACCAUUGAACUCGACACCUCAAUACCAUGUGGCGAAGCAGCGAGAAAACUACGUUGCGUGGGAUGGCUGGAAAGCUAACGUUGUUAAGAAGGCUCAGGUUCUUGCUGAGCGGGAUAUCAACCGCCAAACUAAGAAGUCAAGGGGUAAUUUGGCAGCAAAGGUCGCGCUGCGACUCCCGGAUUGGGAUGGCAAAGGUAUCAAUAGGGGUAGAGAGGUGGAGAUCGUGAACCCGGAUGAGUUUGAAGGGUUUAGGGGAAGGCUUGGGUUUGUAUAAUUCCGUAUAGUUCAUUUUUCAUGACAUGGUGAGAGCGCUUUAUACCCCCUGGAAAUGUUAGUUACGUUAUGACCUCAGUUUUUCUGGUCCAUAUGAUUAGGCAGAUGUGAAUGAUAUGAGUCCGUUUGUG